AUGAGUUCAUCUACAAACUCUAAUUCUUCCACUAGGAAGUCACGGAAUCAAGGAAAUGGUAAAACCGACACUGGACGCCCUCGUAGAAGACAAAACAAUGGUGGUUCGAAGUUCACAAAGUAUGACCUCGACAAACAGGAAAGGUUUGAUGCGUCUAUAGAGCAAGAACUGAACCAAGGCAAUUUUAAGAUGAGAGGGCGGAAAACAAAAGUCUCAAUUGAUCAUCUACUUGACUUUCAACUUCCGGAAGUGCAGCGGGAGAACCAUACGCAUCGGAAAGUAAAUAAACGGAGAAUUGACAGCCAUACUUAUCUCCAUGGAGAAUCCUUCAUUAAUGUAAACUAUAGACUCUUAGUAUCGGAUCGUUACGAUUAUAAAGAUCAAGAAAAUGAUCCCAAUAAAUUUGUUGAUAAGGAGAAAAUUGUGAGGGUCAUCGUUCCGCGUGGACAAAACUGUCCUAUUUGUCUUAAUGAAAUACCUGUGGCUCCUAGGAUGGUUACAUGUGGUCACAUAUUUUGUAUGAGCUGCUUAGAGAAUUUUUUUGAGAUUGAAGAAGUAGUUAAGAACCCAGAAACUGGAAUUAAACAGAAGAAAAAAUUCAAGGAGUGCCCACUUUGUGGUAGCAUUGUUAAGCCAAAUAAUGUGAAGGAGGUCCUAUUUGAAGAAGACUACAGUUUUAAUAAACAAGCAUUCCAAGAAGGGUCUGAUCACCGACCUGAGCCUGGACACGAGGCAUCUCUGGUUUUAAUGUGUAAACCACAUGGAUCAAUACUGGCAUUGCCAAUAUCUUUAGAUAUUGAUCCAAAGAAAGUUGGUGACAUUCCUCCUGCAAACAUUGAAGAGAUUUCGGAAUACUCCCACAUUAUGAAAUGUGGAGAUGAUUAUGCAUUAAAGUACUAUCAACUUGAUAUGGAUGCGAUUGAGAAUCAGUACGAGAUAGACAAAGCAUUGUAUAGUGACAGUGGUAAGUAUGUGAAAGUUGCACUUGAUAAGAUACGUCAAAAUAUCUCCACGAUAUUGUCUAAGGAUGAUUUUAAUUCAUCAAUAAAUCAUAUAACCGAAGACUUUAUGAACAAACUGCAUUUUGAUGGUAAUCAAAGUUAUGAUGACACAUCAGCAUAUUUCUUUUAUCAGACAAAUUUUCAAUCUCCAAUAAAAUACUAUUUAAGUCCACUGGACAUCAAGAUCUUAUUAACUAUUUUUGGUCAUUACAGUAAAUUUCCUGAGCUACUAGAGGUGAAAAUAGAGAAUAUCCAUUAUGGUAAUAUCGUAACAGAGGCAUUGAUAAAAAGAUACAAGUACCUAGGCCAUUUGCCAUAUGGUACGGAGAUUGCACUUCUGGAUUUAGAUUGGAGGUCUGUGCCCUUUAUUGAGAAAGAUGUCUACAAUAGAUUUGCAUCUGAGCUGAAGCAACGCAGAAGGAAGCUAAUUAUUAGAAAGCAACGGGAAGACCAAGAGAAAAAGAAGUACGAGGAACGGUUGGAGCAGGAACAAAGGGAGUUUUAUCAACGUGAAAAUAGCAAUUUCACUGGAUGGGAACCACAGAUCAAUAAGAAAGAUAUUCAAUUGACUUCACUUCCAGCACCUGUUAAGCCGCCACAGAAUACCGAAGCAAAACUGAGUAAAUAUAAUGAAAAGACAAUAUGGGGAACAUCGAUAGAGAUCACAGAGGAUGAGAAAACCACAAAGGAAAAUAAAGAGUUUGAAGACAUGCUGUUGCAGAAAAUGAGACAAGAGAAAUCCAACAAGAAAAAGAAAGGCAAGAUUAUGCUGUUCAGUAACACUCAGCAGCAUCUGUAA